GCAGUGGGCGUCUUCGUGGUGCUGCUGGCCGUCAUCUUCCUCUUCAUCAACAGGAAGCUGUGCUUCUCUCGUGUGGAGACACAAUAGCCAUGCCCCUCUGAGCUGCCCUGAGCGUCAGUGUGUUUUCGAAGUACCGUCAUGUCAGCCUUGCGGGAGACAGAAGGCAGCGAUCCGGGCACAGCACUGGCUACCUGGUUCUCUCAGGUCUCGGAGGCCAUUUCCUCCGCCUUCCUCAGCCUGGGCUCUGGGCCUGGAAGCCCAAGCAAGGCUGGCCAGGAGUCCUCAGUGAGUACUGAGCAGGAGGUUGCCCAUCCUGCUCAUCCAGAGGUGGGCUCCACAGGCAGUGAGGUCCAUCCAGAUUUGACCUCCGUGAACACACAAGAGAGGCUAGAAGCCAUCCGCGCACGGCUUGUCCAGCUGGGCUUGACAGAAGAGCAAAUAGAUGAACGCUUGUCCACCAUCCCUGAAGAAAAUGAGGAACUGCAGAGCGAGCUCCUUGGCUUGGAAGAGAGCAGACUCAGCCCGCAGCCCUCACACUAUUCUGUACACAGCUACGGCGAGGAUGAGGAUCUGUCCACAUCUUCAGACAGCGAGGAUGAGGUGGCAAAGCAGUUCGGGGUCUCUCGGUCCCGCUCAAAGGGCUUCCGCUUGGGGCGGGCCCAGGGCGGAGCACAGGGCAUGGCCAGACAGGCCCACGGGUUCUCACGCCUGCUCUCUGAACAGGACGAGGGCAGCACAGAACCCUCAGACUGUGAAGAAAGCACAAGACUCAGUAGGCUGAGCUACCAGGAUGCUGUGACCCAUGGAGACCAAGAAUGCUGCUCUCUGGGCUCCCAGGACACAAUGGAAGGGCAGGAGCUCAGCCUCUGCAGGGCCUCAGAAGAGCUUCAGGGAAGCCAAAGCAGGGCUGACGGCAGCCCAGAGGAGGAGACAGCUCUGGAUAACCAGGACUACCAGGGCAACAACGAUGCCACAGACAGCUCUUCUACAUGGACUCCCGAGGAGCAGACAGCUGGGGAGGCCCUAUCCAGAACCCCACCCUCCAGUGCCCACCAGCCUAUUUCCAGAUGUGGCGACCUCAUUGUCAUCCUGGAUUACAAAGCAGAAUCCAGGAAGUUGCUGCUCACUGUGGUAAUGGCCCGAAAUAUUCCGGACAAGGAGCGCAGUGGUAUGGAUACCUGGCAGGUACAUGUAGUGCUGCUCCCGGCCAAGAAGCAGCGUCACAAGACGGGAGUGCAGCGUGGGUCUACACCCCACUUCGGCGAGACCUUCCGCUUCUCCCAGCUGGACCCUGCAGAUCUGGGCAGCUCUGCCUUGCGCUUCCGCCUCUAUGCUGUGGAGAAAAUGGCUCGUGAGCAUAUGAUGGGUGAGAAGGUAUUCUACUUAAAGGAUCUGAGCCUGAUGGGAGAGAUGGAGGCCACAAUAGCACUGGAGCCUCGCAGUGACAUGAAGGCUACAGACUCCCAGCACAGCCUGUCUGCCAUGUCCCAGAGUGACAGUGCCUCAUCCACCCAGUCACUAUCCCACGGUGGGGUGCCUGAGCUACUGAUCGGACUGACCUACAAUGCAACAACUGGGCGCCUCUCUGUGGAGCUCAUCAAGGGCAGCCACUUCCGCAACCUGGCGGUCAACAGGCCACCAGACACCUAUGGCAAGCUGACACUGCUGGACUCAGCAGGCCAGGAGAUCUCACGCUGCAAGACAUCCAUCCGGCGUGGUCAGCCUCACCCUGUCUACAAAGAGACAUUUGUCUUCCAGGUGGCGCUCUUUCAGCUGUCUGAUGUCACUCUGCUGGUGUCCAUCUACAGCCGGCGCAGCAUGAAGCGCAAGGAGAUGGUGGGCUGGGUGUCGUUGGGCCAGAGCAGCAGCGGCCAGGAGGAGCAGCUGCACUGGCAGGACAUGAGGGAGUCCCAGGGGCAGCAGGUCUGCCGCUGGCAUGUCCUGCUGGAGUCCUAGAGCGCCCUCCUAAGGCUACCGUGAGGCAGCCCCUACCUUCCACAAACCACUUCCCCAUCCGCUUGGCAAAAAUUGUGCUACUGGCAUCUCAGCAUGUGGAACUGAUGAGUGCCAUACAUACAGGUCACUGGUUACUGGCACCAGUGGUACUCAUUCCCACCUGCCGACUUGGCAGAGAUCUUCUUAACUCCACCUCCCCCCGCCCACCUACAUCUGUGUGCUGCAAAGAACCUCCGCACGCCAUUCAGAUCCCAUCUGCUGCACUCUUAGACGAAACCAUUCAUUUACAGCCACUGAAACUGUAUUGAGCUGCUUCCCUAGGAUAUGACGUUCUUGUGUUUUUUUUGUCAUAAUUAGCAAUCUAUUCUAUGAAUGAUACAGAGUGAACCUGAUCCAUGUUGUCAUGCAUUAAUGGCCUCUCUUGGUCUUCAGACGCAUCGCUCUUAGUGUCCCACAGUUGUUACUCAAAGAGACAAGGCUGGCAGGUCAGGAGGCAGAGUAAGUACCGUAGAGGCAGCUCUGUAUGUGACAUUGCUGCCCCAUUGCUGAACCAGUUUUUCCAGGGACACAUUUUCCGUCACUUCCAGCUGAGGCCAAAUACUCACACAAAACUAUGGCUGUAUUCUUUUUUCGCAGCAGUUUCUGUAGAUUAUUAAACUGCACAUGGCCAUUUUAGAAUGAUAGUGUAGGCUAAUGACUGUAACACCUCAAAGAAAUAUACUUUAAGGGUGAAAGCAUUGUUGGCAGCAUUGCUAUAGUGCUAGUACAGAACAUCUUUGGGCAAUCACUGUGUCAGGGAUGGUUUAAGGGGCUGAUUACUUGGAGAGCCAUCAAAGAUGGACAUGGGCCUGCUUUGUAGUGUAAGGUCAAAAGCACCAAGGAUGUAUUUAUAGGGCUGUUGGUGGGCAGAAACCCAUCCUUGUUCCAUUCCACUCUUAACUGGUGGUUAACUGCUGAUUAGGGAGAGAGUCUGGUGGAUUGGGCUCAAAGUGGUUUCAGUUCUCUGAUUACUUUUUCUGUUGAUCCUCAGCCAUAUGGUGACAGGCCUUGAUCACCUGCUGACAAAGUCUCAAAGUGGGUUUUUUGCUGUAGGACAUUAACCCAGUGUAGUUUCAGCCUUAGACAGGAAGAGCAUACACAGAAUUACUAUAUUUAUACAAGUUAACAGUGAUCUAUGUAGUAAUUGCAUUAUAAUCUCUAGUUGUUAACUACCUUUUUUAAUUACAAACAGAACAACACCAAUCUGGGUCACAGGGACCUGGAGACAGAAACAGUAUACUGAAAUAUGUAUGUACAGAUAUAUAAUACAAUAGAAUGGCAAAAGGUUACAAUAUCUAGUAUAGGUGGUCAUGUACAACUGUCUAAGAAGUACUAAAAUGUGACCAAUUAUUCCAGCAUUCAUUCAUCAACUACCUUACAAUGUAAAAAUGCAGACAUCGAUGAACACUAUCACUCCCUCUUUACUACAUACUCCAUGAUAAAAAUACCUAUGCAUGCCAGUUACUGUACAGUAUAUUUGAUCUAUUUUUGAAAUGCAAAAAUAUUUUAACUUGUCAUUAAAUACAUUUUCUAUAGCAUGAUUAUUUUAAAGCUUAAAGGCAAGUACAUUGUCUAAGAAAACUUUGACCGAAUGUAAGUGAGCGUGCCAAAUAUAACUUAUCGAUACCAGCAUGUACUCUUAAAUGUGUUAAGCACAGUAUCCGUUUCAUUCAGAGAAUGCAUGGAGCAGUAAUUUUUUUUACCUAUGGUGCUUGUAUCAUGCAUGCCUUGUGCCUUUUGUAAAUAUCUUUGGUCUUUUAGUAAAAUUGAACA